CAGAGCUUGGGACAGUCAUGGAGAAACAUGACUGAGACCUGCUGUAACUGAGAAGGCCCCAAGUGGACGCUGAGAAAGAAGCCAUUUCAGCAGCUAUCUAAAUCUCUCUGCCAGCAUGACUCAAGCGGACAAGAAGAAGCGGUCCACCUGCAAGGCCAAGAUGAUCCCGUCGCCCGUGGUAAUAAGGAUGCAAGCAAUACUGCAGAAGGAGAUGGUGCGAGAAUUCCUGGCCGAGCUCAUGAGCACAUUUGUCAUGAUGGUGUUUGGCCUUGGCUCCGUGGCCCAUAUGGUUCUAGGAGAAAAUUUUGGGAGCUUCCUCGGUGUCAACUUGGGUUUUGGCUUCGGAGUCGCCAUUGGAGUGCACGUGGCAGGGAAAGUCUCUGGCGCCCACAUGAACGCAGCGGUGACCUUCACCAACUGUGCACUAGGCCACUUGUCCUGGAAGAAGUUUCCUGUGUAUGUCCUGGGUCAGUUCGUGGGUUCCUUCUUGGCUGCUGCCAGCAUCUAUGGCAUCUUCUACGCAGCCAUUAUGAACUACUCGGGCGGAAAUCUGACAGUGACUGGCCCUGUAGCCACUGCUAACAUUUUUGCCACCUACCUUCCUGAGUACAUGACAUUGUGGAGGGGCUUCCUGGAUGAGGUAUUCGUUACGGGGAUACUCCAGCUAUGUCUCCUUGCCAUCACGGACAAACGUAACAACCCAGCCCUGCCAGGGACACAGGCCGUGGUGAUUGGCAUCCUUAUUGUCGUCAUUGGAGUGUCUCUGGGCAUGAACACAGGAUAUGCCAUCAAUCCAUCCCGGGACCUGCCUCCCCGCUUCUUCACCUUUAUUGCCGGUUGGGGCACAGAGGUCUUCAGGGAUAAGAACUGGUGGUGGGUGCCAGUGGUGGCACCGGUCCUCGGUGCCUACUUAGGUGGCAUCAUCUACGUGGUCUUCAUUGGCUUUACUAUCCCACGGGAGCCCCAGAUACUGGAGAAUCCUGUGGAGUAUGAAGACCACCAAACACCUGUAUUGCCCAAGACCAUGCCUCACCACACUGUGAACGCCUCCCUUGCCUCUGUCUCCGUGUCCCUCGACAACAGAACUCCAGUCCAGCCUGUCUCACCCUUAAGUGACAACAUCCAAGUACAGCAAUUCUAAGUAAGAUUAUUUGUGACCCCAUUCCCACCACAAUAAAGCCUUGCCCCACAGUGGCACCCUUGCUUCCUGGGUGCCUCCUAUGGUUAGGUUUCCCUCCUGGUUCUUCCAGGAACUCUAGGGUUAUGCCAUAGCCCAAAGCUAGAGGAUGGACCCAAGAGGCCUCCAACUUCUUCCAGUCCUGGGAGCUGCGGCGCCCCCUGGGGGAGAAUGGGGAAAGGCCACAGGAAGAACAGAAGAUCAAAAGAUGCCAGACACAGAACAGUGGACUUUCAGGCAUAGGAUAGGAAAGGGAUGGCUUGGGGAAAGACCAACAGCUAGCUAGUGGGCAGUCAGUUCUGGGGAUACCCUGAGCUGCUAUCCUGAGCUUCCCUGAGAUAGGAUCAAGACUCUUCCUCAGUUUUGGCCAGUCCUUGCACCAGAUUAGACAAAGCCCAGGCAUGAUGUAGGUCAGAGUUUCUCUACUUUUUUUUUUUUUUUGUCAUUAUUGCCCUACUUCACAAGCAAUAUA